CAGAGCGCUGAUGGUUGAUAUCCGAUUUGAUAGCCUCUUUCCUUCUCGGAGAAGCAUUUCAGAUAACAUCUCGUUUCUGCUUGCUAUUAAUUUUUACAAAUGACGCACGAAAUCAACGAAGACCCUCACAGGCAAUCCGGCGCGGUUGAUUACAAGAUUACCGAGCCGGAUAACGGGGCGGUGGCAAUACAACAAGAGCCAACUGACCUUCCUGCAGCUGACGGAGGCUGGCUCGCCUGGAGAUUCGCCCUAGUGGCCUUCGUCAUUGAUGGGAUUGUUUGGGGCCCAACACUUUGCUUUGGGAUCUUUUUACCAUUCAAGCCAUAUUCAGAACUUAACCCAUCCCUGGCAGCUUUAAUUGGAACCUCCUGCCUCGGAUUACUCUACUGCACAGGUGUGGUGCUGUCUCCUUUGGCGUUAAGAUAUCCAACGUUUUGCAUUUGGUCUCCCUGGAUUGGCUCUAUACUCUGCUUCAUUGGUUUAUUCAGCGCAAGUUACACCGACAAGGCUGUGUUUCUGAUUCUCACUCAAGGUGUUUUAUACGGAAUCGGGGGCUCGAUGAUCUAUACCCCCAAUCUAAUUUACCUCUCAGAAUGGUGGGUACUCAAGCGAGGCUUGAUAGGAGGACUCACAUUCUCAGGCUCGGCAGUUUUGGGUUUAGCCUGGGGACCUAUGAUGCAGUGGAUUUUGGAAAAGCAUUCGACUCCAGUGACAUUGCGGUACUAUUCAGUAUUGUGGCUACUCCUCGUGCUUAUGCUUUUACCCUUUUUCCAUGGAAGGCUUCCCAGGUCUUCUAGGACCAAGCCAGAAAGUACGAACAUGGAAUACAUGAAGCUGCCCCUUUUUUGGUUCUUGAUUUUAGUAAACUGUGUGCAAAGCUUAGCUUUCUACGUCCCCGUUAUAUACAUGCCAUCAUUCGCCACGAGUAUGGGAAGUUCUGGGGCACUCCCACUUGAGUUCUACUCAGCAGCCAGUAUUCCCAGUCAAAUAAUAGGUGGUAUGGCGAGCGAUUUCAUGGAUUGCAGCUGGAUCUUGUUCAUAUCAUGCAUGACAAGCUCAAUCAGUGUCUUCCUCAUGUGGGGUUUCUGCAAGGAUUUCGCCAUGUUUUGUGGGUUCUGCACAAUAUAUGGGCUCUUCGCACCGUGCUACACCUCCCUUUGGCAUCGAUUCUCAAUGAUCAUUGCACCUAAAGAUCCAAGAUCAGCCUCGAUAAUCAACUUCUUUUUGGCCUCGCGCGGCGUCGCCAACAUUAUGACCGGGCCCCUCUCCGGGCUGCUUCUCAAUACCCCAACCCCUUCGAUGAAAGACUAUCGCGGAGUUAUCAAUUCAUGUGGGACAUUGUUGCUCAUCAGCUCACUAGGAGUGGGAAUGAGGCUAUUUUACGGCAGCGUACCUGAGAGUCCAUCAAAAGAGGAAACGUACGAAACCCAUACGACUUCAACCGAUCACUGGCACCAUGUAACAUCGAAAGACUUGCGGAACAGAAAGGAGGAUUCGUAUGAGAUGAAUAACCUUUAGCAAGGAGAAUUCAGCUAUUUAACUUUCCCUUUGGCUCUCCAAAAGUAUGAAGGAUUGAUCAAUGUUGUUCAAAAAAAUGAAUUGAAGCUGUUUAUGUUGUUUAUAGAGGAUUUCCCUGGCUUCUCAUCAAUAAAUAAGUAGAGCUUUGACUUGAUUUUCCGCUUCAGUAGAGAAGAAAUAUGUAUGCUUAUUUCUCAUUGCAAUUACCCAAAACAUUCUGGUGGAAACCUGUUUAUCUUGAUUAUGCCAUUUUCACUCUCUUUUUUUUCUAGAUAGUCCUCUUCAAAACAUCAGCAGUAUCAAUUUUAAGCCCCACAUCAAUCAAUUCAUGUUAUUAUAUAUCCUAAAGGAAGAUGAAAUAAUAUCCAAACACGAAAAUUUUAAACCCAAGUUAUGUG